CCACGUGUCAGUUUUUGCACAAGUUCAAAACUUCUUUCUUUUCCGAGACGCUGUUCCACUUUCAGAGUGAAUUCCGUAAGUGAAGAAAAACGCAGCAGAAUGAGUGCCAGACCAAACUACGCCGGGCCACGCCGCUCCCAUACUACGGAGAAGUUCAAGGACCACGAGUUCCUGCUGGAGAAACUGGCCUAUCAAAAAGCCAAGAUCGAGAAGCUAUCCGUAAAGUUGACAAAGCUCAAGAAAAAGGUGAUUCAGCAGAACCUUCAUCGCAUACAACUCGAAAAGGAGAUGAAAAAAUUAACAGGAAAUUCGGUGUUAAUAAGAAACUGCCUGCUGUGCGAUAAGACUUGGAAGGCAUCGGGCCAGCAUCGCGUUGCGGUCUUGAAAUGUGGGCAUACAUUCGGAAACAAUUGCAUCAAGAAGUUUGUGGCUGUCUAUCAGAUGUGUCCCGGCUGUGAAAAGCCAGCCAAAACCGAAGACGUGCACUUCAUCAACGGCCUUUGAGUCCACCACUAAAAAGUACUGUCAUCGGACUAGAAUGACACUACACCACCACGUCGGAAGUUACCAGAAGAAAUGUAAAAAAACCAAAAGCUUUACUA